AUGACGCGGUACUAUCCCAGUGAUCCAGAGAAGUGGUCUAGCCUUCAGGAGCGAAAUGGCCUCAAUUUCAAUCCCAACCCACCAGCUGUCUACUUUAUCUGCGAAGAGUCCAGGGAUACCUUGAUCGAGGAUCUGCCUAAUUCCAACACGGCUUUGGUUCGAUAUAGCACGAAGGACGUUGCAAAGUUUGCAGAGAUAACAAGGGCCGCAGAUGGGUGCUGCAGCCACUUCUUUGUCGUGUAUGAGGAUGGUGUUGAGCAGAGUUUCGAUGUCAAUAAUCCAGAGAACAGCUACACGUUCUCCAGGUCCCCCAAAUUCAAAUUUUUAUCAGCAGUGCGUAGGGACGCCAGCGCUAUUAAACAGUUCAAGGAGAAGGGCAGGAUGUUUGAGGAGCGCCUGUCGAACAGAGAAUUUAGGUUGAAGGAUGGAGGGAGAAUCGAGGUUCGCGACGGCAAAGUAUUCUCCUUGGUAGUCUUAUGCGAGGAAGAAGACGAGUGUUUUUAUGAAAAGGAACUCAUGAUCGUUCCUGAAUAUAACCAUGCUUUGUUCAUUUGUGAGACUAUCGAUGACGUUCUCUAUCUGAAGAAUAGCCGCCUUGAUCGUAUGCUACGAAUUCGAAUUGUCAAGGCAUGA